CUUCCUUGUCAUUGUUCAGGGAAGCCCCAAGCAAACCCGCUUGCUCGACAAAAUGGUGCACUGGACAGCUGAAGAGAAGCAACUCAUUACCAGCAUCUGGGGCAAGGUCAAUGUGGCCGACUGUGGUGCUGAGGCCUUGGCCAGGCUACUGAUUGUCUACCCCUGGACCCAGAGGUUCUUCUCCUCCUUCGGCAACCUCUCCAGCCCCACCGCCAUCCUCGGCAACCCCAUGGUGCGCGCCCAUGGCAAGAAAGUGCUCACCUCCUUCGGAGAAGCCGUGAAGAACCUGGACAACAUCAAGAAAUCUUUUGCUCAGCUGAGCAAACUCCACUGCGACAAGCUGCACGUGGACCCCGAGAACUUCAGGCUCCUGGGUGACAUCCUCAUUAUUGUCCUGGCUGCCCACUUUGGCAAGGAGUUCCCCCCCGCCUGCCAGUCCGCCUGGCAGAAGAUGGUCCGUGUUGUGGCCCAUGCACUGGCCCAUGAGUACCACUGAGCCACCUGGCCCCUGCACGAAAUGGGGUGAUCCUCCCACUUCUGGGUGCAGCUCUUCGCCAAGAAAUGUCCUUCAGGUCUCCUGGGCCCGAAUUGCCAAAUAAACAC